CGUCGAAAGCAAACCAAAACUCAAUGAUGAUGCUGCGUGCGGUGUCGGGGCCUCUUCGCCGAGCAGCGUCAAGCUCAACCACACGACCACACCCUCCGCAGUGCGCACGAGACACGGCCAGGAGGAUCGCCUACCGAGCUUCGGCGAAGAGCGAUGCUGCUGCUGCACCACCGGAUGCAACCCUGGGCUCGAGGGGAGAGGAGUCUCUGCGGCGCCAGCGGAGAAGCCCUGUGAUGCCCACGUGCUGGGGUGUGAGAGGGCUGUCGGCGUCUUCUGCGCAGGAAGAGGAGGUGGCUCUGCGAGGCAUGUUAUCAGCACCUCUGCAGUACAUCGAACGUAGAUACAUCCUUGUGGCGGAGACGAGGCAGCUCCUGGACAUCGUGACCCACUCCAUCUACACCGACAAGGAGGUGUUCCUCCGCGAGCUGAUAUCGAACGCGUCGGACGCGAUGGAGAAGCUGAGGCACCUGCAGGUGGUCGGCGAAGCGAUCGAGGAGGGCUCAGCGCCGUCGGAGAUCAUCAUCACCACUGACGAGAAGGAGAAGACGAUUACCAUCCAGGAUACGGUAGGGGGGGAGGUUGGGACGGGAAAGGGCAUCGGGAUGACCCGCGACGAGCUGAAGCUCAAUCUCGGCACCAUCGCCCGCUCGGGCUCCAAGUCGUUCCUCAAGGAGCUGAACGACGCGGCGGGGGACGGCAAGGACGGGGAUUCCGCUGCCGGAGCCCUAGAGGGCAUCAUCGGCCAGUUCGGAGUUGGUUUCUACUCGGCGUUCAUGGUAGGGGACACGGUGACCGUCCACACGCGGUCGGCCCGCGACGGCAGCAGGAGCGUGUGGACCAGCGACGGAUCGGGGGAGUUCGUGGUGAAGGAGGCCGAGGCCGUCGCGGAGGGGGAGGAGGAGAUGCCCCGGGGCUGCAAGAUCGUGGUGAAGCUGAGGGACGGCUGCGAGGAGUACGCAACUCAGGCGAGGGUGGAGGAGGUCGUGCAAAAGUACUCCAACUUCGUGGGCGUGCCUAUCAAGCUCAACGGCGAGGAGGUAAACACUGUGGAGGCCAUCUGGAUGAAGAGCCCGUCCGAGGUGGAGGAUGCCAAGUACGAUGAGUUCUACAAGUUCAUCGCCAAGGCCUACGAUGAGCCGCUCGCGAAGGUUCUGAUCGAGGCGAAGUGCCCCGACCUCCUGCCGGAGUGGCUCCGGUUCGUGAAAGGUGUCGUGGACAGCGAGGACCUGCCCCUCAGCCUCAGCCGCGAGAAGCCCCAGGACACGGCCCUUCUCGGCAAGAUCGGCGGCGUGCUGACGAAGAAGAUCAUCAGGUUCCUACAGGAGAUGAUGCGGAAGGAGCCGGAGAAGUACCGGACGCAGUUCUUCGCCGAGUUCGGGGCGUUCUUGAAGGAGGGCGUGUGCCAAGACUUCACUCAUCAGGGAGAGAUCGCCAAGCUGCUGUACUUCGAGAGCAACAAGGGCGAGAAGGACGAGCUCUGCUCGCUUGACGAGUAUGUCUCAAGGUGUACACCGGAGCAGAAGGAAAUCUACUACCUCUGCGCGCCAAACCGCGAGCUGGCUAUGGCGUCGCCGUACUACGAAGCCUUCGGAGAUUCCGGGAGAGAGAUUCUGUUCGUGUACAACACGAUUGACGACUUCGUCAUGAACAACCUCAAGACAUACGCCGGCCGCCCGAUCAAGUCCGCCGAGGCGGAGGACAUCGAGCUCGGCGGCGACGACGACGCUGCUAACGAGAGCGAUGAGGAGCACGACGGCACGACGGCUGCGGGUCUGAGUUCGGAGGACGCGGAAGACCUGUGCUCAUGGCUCAAGGAGUCGGCCUUGCCGGAGAGGGUGUUCGAGGCGAAGGUGACCACAAGGUUGAAAGACAGCCCGGCCAUCAUCUCGAGCCACGAGUCGGCAGCCCUCCGGCGAAUGAUGCGGAUGAUUGAGCAGCAGAACUCGGGCUCGGCCGCGGCCUUGCCCAAGCAGAAGAUCGAGAUAAACCCAAAGCACCCCCUGAUGACGAAGCUGCAUGUGAUCAAGACGUCGAACCCCUUGCUGGCGCAGAUGAUUGCCGAGCAGGUGUUUGACAACGCGCUCGUCGCCGCUGGCCUCAUGGACGACAGCCGAGUCAUGCUCCCUAGGUACAGCGCCGCCACUCAACUGCAUGUAGAAUAG